GUCUGCCUCCACUUUGUCCUCCGGUUCCAAACAAGGUUCAUGGAUUAAUAUAACAGGACUUGGUCUGAUUUCUACAAUGACCGCUGGACUUCUCCUUCCCUGCUGCAUUCUCGCUUUCCUCUUCCAGGGUGGAACCUGCUCAGAGGCGGAGCACAGGCUGUUUUCUGUCAUCUUCUCCAGCUAUAACCAGUACAUCAGACCGGUGGAGAAUGUGUCUGACCCAGUGAUAGUCCAGUUUGAGGUGUCCAUGUCCCAGCUGGUUAAAGUGGACGAGGUCAACCAGAUUAUGGAGACGAAUCUGUGGCUGCGACACGUGUGGAAUGACUACAAGCUCAGGUGGGAUCCCAAAGAUUUUGGAGGAGUGGAAUUUAUCCGUGUCCCUUCCAACAGGAUUUGGAAGCCAGAUAUUGUGUUGUACAACAAUGCAGUGGGAGACUUCCAGGUGGACGAUAAAACCAAAGCUCUUCUUCGCUACAAUGGAGACGUGACAUGGAUCCCUCCAGCAAUCUUCAAAAGCUCCUGCAAGAUCGAUGUCACAUACUUUCCCUUUGACUAUCAGAACUGCACCAUGAAAUUUGGGUCAUGGACAUACGACAAAGCCAAGAUUGACCUGGUACUGAUUGGUUCCACAAUCAAUUUGAAGGACUUCUGGGAGAGUGGAGAGUGGAUGAUUAUUGAUGCUCCAGGCUACAAGCAUGACAUCAAAUAUAACUGCUGUGAGGAGAUCUACACAGACAUCACCUACUCCCUAUAUAUCCGCCGUCUGCCUCUUUUCUAUACCAUCAACAUGAUCAUCCCCUGCUUGCUUAUUUCUUUCUUGACAGUUUUGGUCUUUUAUCUUCCGUCUGACUGCGGUGAGAAAGUGACACUCUGUAUUUCGGUUCUUCUCUCCCUCACUGUCUUCCUCUUGGUCAUCACAGAAACCAUCCCAUCUACCUCUCUGGUCAUUCCGCUGAUUGGCGAGUACCUUCUAUUCACUAUGAUCUUCGUCACUCUUUCAAUCGUCAUCACAGUGUUCGUGCUCAACGUGCAUUACCGAACACCAAAAACCCAUACAAUGCCACAGUGGGUUCGCCGUGUGUUCCUCAGCCUUCUCCCCAGAGUUAUGUUCAUGACCAGACCUGAGAGAGACCCAGAAAGGCCUCGGAGUUCAGGAACCUCUGCUCGAUCAUGCGCCCUCCAUAAUACCUCCUUAUUUCCUCAACAUCUAACCAAGCAGCAGAGUCUUCCAGGCAGCCUGCCUCCACGUGCUCAUCUCUUCCUUAGCACAGAGCUCAACACUUUGAGUGAGGCGGCUAAGUCUGGCUCAAAUUUCCUGUGCAGAGAAGGAAGAUGUAACUGUUGUCUGAGGCAACACCCAAGCAAGCUGCCCCCAGAUGCUGGGGGUGGUGCUGGGGGUGGAGGCCCUGGUUGUCUGGUAGGAAAUGGAGGUGGAGGAAGCAGCCCUUGUUCAAGCUCUGAGUCUUUAGAUGGAGGACUUCUGACCUUCUCAGCACUUUCACCAGAGGUCCGAGAGGCCAUUGAGAGUGUUAAGUACAUUGCAGAGAAUAUGAAGCUUCAGAACGAGGCCAAAGAGGUCCAAGAUGACUGGAAAUAUGUUGCCAUGGUGAUUGACAGAAUCUUCCUGUGGGUGUUUAUCCUGGUGUGCAUUCUGGGGACGGCUGGGCUCUUCCUGCAGCCACUCCUUUUGGGGGAGGACAUGUGACAGAUGUAGACUCAGUGACCAGACCACCGGAUUAAACAGAGAGACACAAAAUGACUUAAAAAACCUUCUGUGCAGCUUUAAAGGCAGCGAAUGCAGUAUAUUUACAACCUGCACCAGUUCCUGUCUCAAGUCUUUUGCUCAAGAAGACUUUAAAACAGCUCCCAGUCCUUUGGACACUGUAUAUUUCUUUCUCCAGUCAUGCUUCUAAAGGUCUUUGGGGAAACAGUGAAAAAGAGCAUCAAUGAAAUGUCACUGCUUUUUAUAGAAUUUUGAUGUUUCUGACUAUGAUGUUACAGACCUACGGGGGUUGGACAAUGAAACUGAAACACCUGGUUUUAGACCACAAUAAUUUUUAGUAUGGUGUAGGGCCUCCUUUUGCGGCCAAUACAGCGUCAAUUCGUCUUGGGAAUGACAUAUACAAGUCCUGCACAGUGGUCAGAGGGGUUUUAAGCCAUUCUUCUUGCAGGAUAGUGGCCAGGUCACUACGUGAUGCUGGUUGGUGGAGGAAAACGUUUCCUGACUCCUGACUCCUGACCAAAACACCCCAAAGUGGCUCAUUAAUAUUUAGAUCUGGUGACUGUGCAGGACAUGGGAGAUGUUCAACUUCACUUUCAUGUUCAUCAAACCAAUCUUUCACCAGUCUUGCUCUGUGUAUUGGUGCAUUGUUAUCCUGAUACACGGCACCGCCUACAGGAUACAAUGUUUGAACCAUUGGAUGCACAUGGUCCUCCAGAAUGGUUUGGUAGUCCUUGGCAGUGACACGCCCAUCUAGCACAAGUAUUGGGCCAAGGGAAUGCCAUGAUAUGGCAGCCCAAACCAUCACUGAUCCACCCCCAUGCUUCACUCUGGGCAUGCAACAGUCUGGUGGUAUGCUUCUUUGGGGCUUCUCCACACCGUAACUCUCCCGGAUGUGGGGAAAUCAGUAAAGGUGGACUCAUCAGAGAACAAUACAUGUUUCACAUUGUCCACAGCCCAAGAUUUGCGCUCCUUGCACCAUUGAAACCGACGUUUGGCAUUGGCACGAGUAACCAAAGGUUUGGCUAUAGCAGCCCGGCUGUGUAUAUUGACCCUGUGGAGCUCCUGACGGACAGUUUUGGUGGAAACAGGAGAGUUGAAGUGCACAUUUAAUUCUGCCGUGAUUUGGGCAGCUGUGGUUUUAUGUUUUUUGGAUACAAUCCCUGUUAGCACUCAAACAUCCCUUUCAGACAGCUUCCUCUUGUGUCCACAGUUAAUCCUUUUGGAUGUGGUUCGUCCUUCCUGGUGGUAUGCUGACAUUACCCUGGAUACCGUGGCUCUUGAUACAUCACAAAGACUUGCUGUCUUGGUCACAGAUGCGCCAGCAAUACGUGCACCAACAAUUUGUUUGUCCUCUUUUGAACUCUGGUAUGUCACCCAUAAUGUUGUGUGCAUUGCAAUAUUUUGAGCAAAACUGUGCUCUUACCCUGUUAAUUGAACCUUCACACUCUGCUCUUACUUGUACAACGUGCAAUUAAUGAAGAUUGGCCACCAGCCUGGUCCAAUUUAGCCAUGAAACCUCCCACACUAAAAUGACAGGUGUUUCAGUUUCAUUGUCCAACCCCUGUAUGUAUUGUACAGUGUGCAAAACACCAUGUAUGAGAUGCCAUUUCUUAAAACAAAUAAAAAAUGUCUUUAAGAUCACUUGUUAUCAUGCUGAGGAUUUUGAAAUGCUCUAGAAAUUCAUUAGUAAAACUGUGCUAAGUAGAGCAUCACCAUUCACUCGUUCCCUUGUCCGAAUCUUUGCCUAUGCUUUGUGAACAGUGCCAUCCAGUGGGAAUAUUAAGCAAGUGCUAACUGCAUUACUGAGCUUUGUAACAGACUGUUGAUGUCGUCAUGUACAUAUCACAUUUACUAGCGUGUCACACUCACACUCAUUUUAAAUUAGAAUCAUGUGCAAAACCUUGGGCACACCUCAUUAAACUGCAUGUUUUGUUGAUUUUCUAGAUGAAAAUAA